AUGACAUCCGAUGUAGAAAGAGUGGUAGAAAUAGAUGGUGAUAAGAUUGAGGUUACCAAAGAGACUAAAAAUACCACAGAGAAAGAAGCAGAGAUAGCCCAAAAGCUUGUUCCGAUGCCUAGACCUCCGCCUCCUUUCCCACAGAGGUUAGUGCAGAAGGCUGAAGAAGGAAAGUACCAAGCAUUGAAGCAAAUGCCUGGGUAUGCAAAGUUCAUGAAGGACUUGGUGACCAAAACGAGGGCUAUCAAUUUUAAGAAUGACGAGAGGUUGCAGCAUUGUAGGGCCAUUUCUACGAGGUCACGUGUACACAAGAAAGAGGAUCCUGGAGCUUUCACUAUUUCAUGCACCAUCGGUAAGGUGAACUUUGCGAAAGCUUUGUGUGAUUUGGGUGCCAGCAUUAACUUGAUGCCAUUGUCAAUUUAUAAGAGAACUAUGAAAAAGUCCAUUGGAGAUCUUCAAGAUGUCCUUGUGAAAGUGGGGCCGUUCAUUUUUUCGGAAGACUUUGUUAUACUUGAUUGCGAGGUUGACUUUGAGGUCCCCAUCAUCUUAGGGAGACCAUUCAUUGCUAUUAGGCAUGCCUUAGUUGAUAUGGAGAGAGGGCAGAUGAAAUUCCGACUGAAUAAGGAAGAGGUGACCUUUAACAUUUGUAAGUCUAUAAAGCAGGAAAGUGAUCUUACAUCGGUAUUGGUGGUGAGUCACACUUUCGGAAGAAGUGCUGAAGUGUUUAGUAAGGGGAAGUUAUGUGCAACAUUGCACAUGGAGAAGAAGCACCAUGCUCAAUAG